AUGAUUCGAGACUCAGUUGGCCACGUGGGACUCCGAACACAGAGCGACGGUGACGGCAUCAACAUCUACGGGUCGAGCCGCGUAUGGAUCGACCACGUGUCGCUAUCCAAGGGAGCCGACGGCCUCAUCGACGUCAUCAUGGGCUCCACCGCCAUCACAAUCUCCAACUGCAAGUUUAACCACCACAACGACGUGAUGUUGUUGGGGGCCCACGACACGGACGCGAAGGAUGCGAUCAUGCAGGUGACGAUCGCGUUCAACAGGUUCGGGAUCGGGUGCAUACAGAGGAUGCCACGUGUCAGGUGGGGAUUCGCCCACGUCGUGAACAACGACUACUCGCACUGGAAGCUGUACGCAAUCGGAGGGAGCGCGCACCCGACAAUCAUCAGCCAGGGCAACAGGUUCAAGGCCGAUGAUUUCCAAUACAAGGAGGUGACGAAGAGAGAUUACGCGACGCCCGAGGAGUGGAAAAAGUGGCAAUGGCGGUCGGAAGGGGACUUGUUCACGAACGGAGCCUUCUUUACCGAGUCGGGAGCGCCACUCGAGCACAAGAAGAGCCCGUUAACGCAUCGGAACUUGAUCAAGUUUAAGCCCGGAUCGUACGUAGGAAGGCUCACGCGGUCUGCCGGGGCUAUCAAGUGCAGCGUGAACGGCUUUUGUUAA